AUGCUCAGUACAACCAGCAAAAGUACAAAUAUCAUCUGUUGCAUACGACAGCUUCAGUCAGCCAUUGCCCCGUGCCGCGAGAACGCGUCCACAUUAGUUUCAUUUUAUUUCGUGUUUUCUGUUUUCAAAAAACCCGCGAAACCUAAAUCAAACAUGGCCGCUGUUAACGGAAAGGAUUCAGACCCCAUCGUACCUCCUUCGUCUCUGAUCCGAAGGGUCAGCUCGAGGUCUAUACGGAACUCAAUUUCUGAAGAAAAGGAAAAUGGGGAGGGACCCGUGAAAGGGUCCUUCGUAUCCAAAUAUAAGAAAACUCCUGAAGCUUUAAAGACUUUUCAUAUGACUGAUGCGGAAAGUGAAUUGGAGGUACCAGGAACACCAAUGACACCACGAACAUCUACGACACCCGGUCACGAAAACUGUACCUUCCACCAUGACCUGGAGCUCGAUCACAGGCCACCAACUAGGGAGGCACUACUCCCCGAUAUGGCUAAUUCAUACAGACUUUUGCUUACAGGUCUUGGCGAGGACCCGGAAAGAGCGGGUCUUUUAAAGACACCAGAACGUGCUGCUAAAGCUAUGCUGUUCUUCACAAAGGGCUACGAUCAGAGCCUUGAAGAGGUUUUGAACAACGCUAUAUUCGACGAAGACACAGACGAGAUGGUGGUUGUUAAGGAUAUUGAGAUGUUCUCAAUGUGCGAACAUCACUUAGUACCCUUCUACGGAAAGGUGUCUAUCGGUUACCUGCCACAGGGCAAAAUCUUGGGCUUGAGUAAGCUGGCAAGGAUUGUGGAGAUUUACUCUCGUCGUCUCCAAGUUCAAGAGCGUCUCACCAAACAAAUUGCCAUUGCAGUAACACAGGCGGUUCGACCAGCCGGUGUAGCCGUUGUUAUUGAAGGAGUGCAUAUGUGCAUGGUGAUGCGCGGUGUCCAAAAAAUUAACAGCAAGACGGUGACGUCAACAAUGCUGGGAGUGUUCCGAGAUGAUCCUAAGACGAGGGAGGAAUUCCUCAAUCUUGUUCACUCCAAGUGA